AUGCGGAUCCAAAGCCUCUUGUUCAACGCUGCCACCUUCUACUCGCUCUAUCUCUUCGCCGUCCACAUCACAGGCGCCUCCGGCGCCGCCAUCGGCGAUGUAAGCAGCGACGUUCUACGGUGCGCGAACGGAAAGGAUGUCUGCCCCAGUGGAUACACGUGCUGCGGCCCACUUCGCCCAGGCAUCGGCGGCGUGUAA